AUGUCCCCGAAGUCGCCGUCGCAUUGUCACCCUCGCCCCACUUCUACUGCUCAGCAGAAGGUGCAGACGAAGAUGACUGCGGCGGCGACGAAAACUGGGACAGCAGUUUUGGGAGAAGGCGUCUUCGGAGACGUUGGCGCCAUGACUGUCUUGCUCCCCAAGGACAUUGAGCUUGUGGACAAAUUCGACGACCCCCUUUCAGCAAUUCCUUCUUCGUCGCUUUCGCUUUCUGGUCUCCAGUUCCCCGUUCGGCUCCCGAACAUUGGCCUUGCAAUCUGA